ACGAUUACCGUCAUCAUUUAAUGCAGACAUUGCUUGAAAUCAGGGACGUAUCGCGCAGACAAGUAUCGGCGAUCUACGCCGCUCGACUCGCAUCUCUUGUUCGAGAAGCUGCAAUAAGCAAAUCGGGCUGAUAUGGAAGCCCCACUCCAGCCAUAUCAUCAUCAACGUCCGUUCCCUAUCCCUCAGACUGGGCAUCUCCUGUCUCGCCCGCCUGCCAAUUUUCAUCCCUCAUAACCGCAUGCUUCGUCGAGCACGUAAAAUGGCUCCACAGACCUUCAUCCUCAACUUCAUGGGUGACACCAUGCUAGGCCGUCUCAUCGACCAAAUGUUCCCGCAACACGUGGACGAACCCGACGAAGCACGAAUAGUAAGAUCCUUUCGAUCCUCCAACUACGUCCUGCCGACAUACGAUCCCACAAGUCCCUGGGGAGACACCCUUCCCUUAUUACAUUCCGCCGACCUGAACUUGUUGAACCUCGAGACGUCCGUCACGACGCAUCCGACUAAAUGGCCGGAUAAGGUGUUCAAUUAUCGCAUGCAUCCUGCUAACAUUUCUGCGCUGGAGGCGGCGCGGAUUGAUCACGCGGGAUUGGCGAAUAACCAUACGCUUGACUUUUGUGAGCCGGGGUUGCUAGAGACUGUGCGGACGGUAAGGAAGGCGGGCAUAGCUUGUGCCGGAGCGGGUGAGAGUGAGGAGGAGGCAUGCAGUCCUGCUGUGUUGCGCCUCCCGUCGUCGCGGGGUGAUGGAAAGUUCCACGAGAUCCACAUUUGGGCCGCCGCGGACCAUCCGGAUGACUGGUCUGCCAUUUCCACCUUCCACUUCAUCGACUACAGUGCCAAGACGCGGAGUCGACUGAAGAAACUUCUUACAAGCUCGCCAUCAAGCAACAACUCGCCCGCACUAAAGAUCUUCUCCGUCCACUGGGGUCCAAACUACUCGUGGCAGCCCGCGCAAGAGAUCCGAGAUCUGGCGCACUACUUGAUCGACGAGUGCAGGAUCGAUAUCGUGCAUGGCCAUUCGUCCCAUCACGUCCAAGGAGUAGAGAGGUAUAAGGGCAAGUUGAUCAUCUAUGGCUGCGGCGACUUUGUGGAUGAUUAUGCCGUCAAGCCAGACUAUCGGAAUGACCUGAGCGGUGUUUGGCAAAUAACUGUUGCCGAGGGAGAUGCAUCCGGCGAUGGUCAGGUAAAAGAAGGAUUGGAGUUGCGGAAGCUGGAGAUGUACCCCACCGCCAUUCGCAGGUUUCAGGUUUGGAGAUUAGAUGCCGAUGAGGAGGAUGCAGAGUGGGUGCGGGAGAGGAUUAGAGAUCUGAGUGCCGAGCUGGGAACCAGGGUGAUUGUGGACAACGAGCGAGGGACCGUGAGACUAGACUUUGGUUCGACGACGUAGUACGGCGCUUCGAUCAAUCAGCAUCGCUAUCUUCGUCCUCUUCAUCGUCGUCAGCAUCCUUCCUCCUUCGACCUUUCUUCUUUUGCGGUGCUGCAUUCUGCCCUCUAGCAGCAGGCGGUGCAUCUCCGAGCCCAAGACUCCUCGCAAUCUUCCUGUCCAGUUCCUCGUCUGCGCCUUCGUCCAAAUCGCCAUACA